AUCGACUCGGAGAAGGUAGAACUAGUAGAAAAUAAUUCAGAAAGCAUCAUCAUGAUAACGAAGGCACUUAUUAUGCUUGUUGUGUUAACUAUUGUUAACGCAGACCAUAUCUUGCAAAGUCCUCUGGUCACAAAUUUCGGGCACUGGGGUGAAUUUGAGAAUUGUACGGAUGGUCUGCUGGUGACUGGGUUUCAGCUAAAGGUGGAAGCACAUCGACGCAGACCUGACAAUACUGCUGUGAAUGCUAUAAAAAUGUUUUGUGGCAACAUAAUUUUCAAGUCGGUGCAGGAUAUUUCUAGCUUCAGAGGACCGUUUGGAAGAUAUCAGAAGCCACAAUACUGCACCACGUACGCUGAAGGUUUCCAGUUAAUGUCGCAAACCUACCAGGGGCGCAACAAGGAUGACGUGGCCGCAGUCAACUUUAAGCUGCUGUGUGCCGACGGGCAAGAGCUCGAAGGCUUCAGAGAGCCCAGUGGUCACGUGUAUCGCUCCAGUGCUUACACCCAAGCUCAAAUGUGCGAACCUGGUCAAGGUAUUUGUGGAAUUCAGACCCAGGUCGAGUAUCAUCAAGGAUUCGGAGAUGACACGGCUUUAAAUAAUGUACGAGUGAAAUGCUGUAAUGUGCCGGUUGGAGUUGUACCCAUCGGAACGCCAACUUCUCAACCAUCACAGGAUUCCACCCACAUUGUAGGUGAAGAUUUAGCCGAAACUGACAACGAAACAGUUGAGGACACCACUGAUGCAAUAACCGAUGUCACUAAUUCAACCGAUAUUGAAAUUGAUGUCGUGACCACCGAAUUAGUCUCAGAAUUGACUACGGGUUCUACAACUGGGGUCACUGAAGUUAAUGAGUUGGCUACAAGCGAUAGCACCGAAUUAGACACACUUUUCACAACCGAAUUAAUUCCUGAAAGUACUUCUGAAUUUGCCACAGACGGUGUAACCGAGGUGGUAACAGAAGCUGUUACCGAAUUUGCCACAGACGCUGUAACCGAGGUGGUCACAGACGCUGUUACCGAAUUUGCCACAGACGCUGUAACCGAGGUGGUAACAGAAGCUGUUACCGAAUUUGCCACAGACGCUGUAACCGAGGUGGUCACAGACGCUGUUACCGAAUUUGCCACAGACGCUGUAACCGAGGUGGUCACAGACGCUGUUACCGAAUUUGCUACAGACGCUGUAACCGAGGUGGUCACAGAAGCUGUUACCGAAUUUGCCACAGACGCUGUAACCGAGGUGGUCACAGACGCUGUUACCGAAUUUGCCACAGACGCUGUAACCGAGGUGGUCACAGAAGCUGUUACCGAAUUUGCCACAGACGCUGUAACCGAGGUGGUCACAGAAGCUGUUACCGAAUUUGCCACAGACGCUGUAACCGAGGUGGUCACAGACGCUGUUACCGAAUUUGCCACAGACGCUGUAACCGAGGUGGUCACAGACGCUGUUACCGAAUUUGCUACAGACGCUGUAACCGAGGUGGUCACAGAAGCUGUUACCGAAUUUGCCACAGACGCUGUAACCGAGGUGGUCACAGACGCUGUUACCGAAUUUGCCACAGACGCUGUAACCGAGGUGGUCACAGAAGCUGUUACCGAAUUUGCCACAGACGCUGUAACCGAGGUGGUCACAGACGCUGUUAAUGAAGUUGUCACUGUACCUGAGGAGAAAACAAAAUAAGUUAUAGAAUUUAGUCACGACCCCAUUUAAUAAUGUGAUACAUUUCGCUUCCAGUAUAUAUUCUUUAAAAAAUGAAUUUGUUACAUUAACUGUAUAACAUCAUAUUCUAUAUGCCAAUCUUUUCUAUUUACUUUCACUCUCAUUUUCUGAAUAUUAUAACUGUCCUUCCUUGUACUAGUUGUACUGCAUGUUAUACAUAAUAGUAAAUAUACUAUGUUUACUAUUAUCUACUAAGUGGACUCGGCAGGCAUCACUAAUCAGACUGAAAUAAAAUAACUAGCGUCUUCA